UACAAGGGACGAUGAUCUCUCAAAGGGAACACGAGCGAAAAACUUUGUUGUGAGAAAAUCAGGUCGCGGGAGCAAUGGAUUACAUUUUAAACCGAAAAUAACUUAAGAGAACCGCGUGGAUCUUAAAUAAGUCGUUUGUUGGAAUAUUUAUCAAUUAUGCCGUGAAAAUGUGAAUCAAUUUGUGCAGAAAUUAAUAUUUUGGAGUUAUGGGGCACUUAUUACUGUGUCUUGUGUGUGUAUUGGCAUUCGUUUUGGACACACAAGGUUUCACCUCCUGUGUGCCAGAUCCCUGUUUGAAUGGAGGCUUAUGUCAAACAAGUGGCAGCAAAAGUUAUUGUAUAUGUGGUGAGAAUUAUGUAGGAGAGUACUGUCAGGAUGACAACCCGUGUAGACCGGACGCUCACUUUUGUGAGAAUAACGGAACUUGUCGAAUUAUAUCAACUGCUUCAGGAUUCAAAGGACGCUGUGAUUGUAGAUUAGGAUACUCAGGGACUUUAUGUGAAAUUCUAGACCCCACCAGUGUAUGUUACAAUAAUCCUUGUCAAUAUGGGGGCACCUGUUACAACACCGUUAGUCUUCAAGAUUAUGCCUGCUCUUGUCCUGUCGGUUAUAGAGGAGUGAAUUGUUCCAAGGUGGAUCACUGUGCACCCAAACCUUGCCGUAACCAAGGGGAGUGUCACGCCCUGGAUGAUGGGUACCAGUGUAACUGUCGCAUGGGAUAUAAAGGACCCACGUGUAUGGAGGACAUCAACGAGUGUCAGGAUCAUCCGGAUAUCUGUCAGAACGGCGGAACAUGUGACAACAGACCAGGAUCCUACAUGUGUUACUGUCCACGUGAAUACACUGGGAGACACUGUGAUCAGCUGUAUGUACCCUGUCAGCCCUCCCCUUGUAGAAAUGGAGGAACCUGUGCCCAGUCUGGGAGUCUAAGCUACCAGUGCAUUUGUCAGUCAGGAUUUCAAGGCAUGCACUGCGAGACCAAUGUUGAUGAUUGUGUGCAUAGUCGUUGUGCCAAUGGUUCAACUUGCGUGGACCAAAUCAACUCGUACACUUGCAAAUGUCCCCCAACACUGACAGGACAAUUUUGUGAGAAGGAUGUUGACGAAUGUCGCCUAUACCCCAAUAUUUGUAAGAACGGUGCCACCUGUUUGAACCACCCUGUCGGUAAUUACACGUGUAUCUGCGUCAACGGUUGGACUGGUCGCGACUGUAGCAUCAAUAUAGACGACUGUAAGGAUAAUCCCUGCUAUAACGGUGGUACCUGUCACGAUAAAGUCGGGUACUACCUCUGCCAAUGUCCUUACGGAAAAACAGGCCUGCGAUGUCAUUUGGAGGACGCAUGCACAAGUAGCCCGUGUCAUGAGGGGGCUAGUUGUGAGACCUCCCCUAUUAAUGGAGACCCUAUCUGUUCCUGUAAAAAAGGCUGGACAGGGAAUGACUGCUCAGUGGAUGUUAACGAAUGCCAUGAAAGCUCUGUGUCCCCAUGCGAACAUGGAGGAACCUGUGUUAACAUGCCCGGAACAUUUAAGUGUGACUGUAUCCUGGGAUUUACCGGACCAAGAUGUGAAAGCAACAUCAAUGAAUGUCAGUCCAAUCCGUGCCAGAAUGAGGGCACCUGUCUGGAUCUGACGGGAAUGUUCCAGUGUAUCUGUAUGCCAGGGUACACAGGAACUGUCUGUGAAGAAGAUAUAGAUGAAUGCAAGGGUAAUCCGUGCCAAAACGGAGGAGUGUGUGAAGAUCUGAAAAAUAAAUUCAAGUGCACCUGUCCCGCAGGGUUUGAGGGACCAACGUGCAACGUGAACAUCGAUGAAUGUGCAAGCAAUCCGUGCCAGAAUGGGGCGACCUGUGUGGAUGAUAUUAAUAGUUACACUUGUUCCUGUGCAAAUGGGUAUACUGGGGACCGUUGCCAGACCAAUAUCAAUGACUGUUUGGGGGUUAUCUGCUCCAAUGGGGGCACCUGUCGGGAUCUGCUGGGGCGAUAUGAAUGUCAGUGUCCCCCGGGGUACACAGGGACUCACUGUGAGACCGACAUUGACGAGUGCGAGUCCCAACCCUGUAAAUAUGGUGGAACCUGUCACACUUUUCCCAAUGGAAAUGGAUAUGAAUGUCGCUGUCCUAGAGGAACUUCUGGUAUGAAUUGUGAAGUGAAUUUUGAUGACUGCCAGAACAACCCCUGCAUCAAUGGAGCAACAUGUGAAGAUGGCUUGAACAACUAUGUGUGUAAAUGUAAACCAGGUUACACAGGAGAGCAGUGCCAGACUAACAUUGAUGAUUGUAACCCCAACCCUUGUCAUAACGGAGGCACCUGUCGGGAUCUGGAGAACGGUUUCCACUGCGACUGUCCGUACGGUUACCAUGACGAUACCUGCAUGUCCAAUGUGGAUGAAUGUUCCAGCAACCCAUGUCUUAAUGGUGGCAUCUGUAAGGAUGGUGUUAACAAAUUCACAUGUAGCUGUCCGCUGGGAUACGAGGGAACCCGAUGCGAGACCAGGACCAAUGAGUGUGCCUCCAAUCCCUGUCAACAUCAGGGGGUGUGUCACGAUCUGGAGGGGGGCUACAGGUGUGACUGUGCUGCAGGAUUUACAGGUGUGAAUUGUCAGAUCAAUAUAGACAAUUGUGCUACAAAUCCUUGUGUCCAUGGUUCUUGCACUGAUCUGGCCAAUGACUAUAAGUGUCACUGUGAGACCCAGUGGACAGGCAAGAACUGUGACACCAAGCUGGACCCCUGCUCACCCAAUCCCUGUCACAACCUGGCUACGUGCUCCGCCUCCGCUGAUUUUACUGAUUUCUCCUGCUACUGCCCACAAGGACUCACAGGUCGCUAUUGUAAUGAAGAUUAUGAUGAGUGUCUGACCACAAAGAAAUGUUAUUCUGGUGGAACCUGCAUCAACACUUAUGGUUCAUUUAAAUGUAUGUGUCCAAAGGGAUACACAGGCCUUUAUUGCGAAUCCAAUAUCGAUGAUUGUGUCUCCUCUCCAUGUCAGAAUGGAGGUACAUGUUACGAUCGAAUUGCCAACUACACGUGUCUGUGUCCUCCAGGAUUUAGCGGGUAUCACUGCCAGAAUGAUAUCAAUGAAUGUGCGUCUAGUCCCUGUGAGCAUGGUGCUGUGUGUAAUGACUACGUUAACUCCUACACAUGUACAUGUAAACCUGGAUACAGUGGCACAAACUGUCAUAUCAAUGAUAAUGACUGUACGGACAGUUCCUGUUUGAAUGGAGGAACCUGUCAUGAUCUGGUCAACAACUUUCGGUGUGAAUGUGCUGCAGGAUUCCAGGGAACCAACUGUCAGACUAGGAUCACCCCUUGUGAUUCAAACCCCUGUCUGGAAGGGGGCACCUGCAUCAAUAACAAGAGCCUGACCUCAUUCCAUUGUGUGUGCCCAUAUGGAUUUACUGGAUCUAGAUGCGAGAGUUUCCUUGAUUGGUGCAGUGAGGGUCCUUGUAUGAAUGGGGGCACCUGCUUCCAGACCGCCAAUACCUAUAGAUGUAGCUGUCCAGCGGGCUGGACGGGACAGAUCUGUGAUGUACAGACCAUUACCUGCGAAGUGGCUGCCAAGACAAAGGGUGUUCAAGUAUCAGAUCUCUGUAAGAAUGGUGGGACCUGUCAUAAUGUUGGCAACACACACAACUGUUCAUGUCGUAACGGCUAUCAAGGAAGCUACUGCGAGACUGAAAUCGACGAAUGUCAGUCAGCCCCAUGCAUGAAUGGAGCAACCUGUGUUGACAAAGUAGGAGAUUACACUUGUUUGUGUAAGGCAGGAUUCCAGGGAAAGAACUGUGAACAGAACAUUAAUGACUGUAUAAACAAUCCAUGUACAAACGGUGGGAAGUGUCACGAUCUGGACAAUAACUUCACUUGUUCCUGUUUACCUGGAACUAAAGGUCUUCUCUGUGAGUUGGAUGAAAUAGACUGUUUCCAGGGAGCGUGUUUCCACGAGGGCACCUGUAUAGAGAAGAUCAACGGAUACGAGUGUAACUGCAGACCUGGUUAUGUGGGGGCGCGGUGUGAGGGAGAUAUUAACGAGUGUCUGUCUAAUCCCUGUGAUGCCGUGGGCACACACAGCUGUAUACAGAAGGUCAAUGACUACCAGUGUGAAUGUAAUGCUGGAUAUAGAGGUCGAAACUGCAGUGAGAAAAUCAACUUCUGUGAAAACCAGCCGUGUCAAAAUGGGGGCAAGUGUACGAGUGGGGAGACCAAAGCUAUCUGUUCCUGUCCAGAACCUUACAGUGGGGAGCUGUGUGAGACAGAAAUAACGGCCUGUAGCAGUGGUCCCUGUCUAAAUGACGGGGUUUGUCAACCAAUGGGAACCGACCAGUUCCUGUGUAUCUGUCCACCAGGUGUGGGCGGGACAACAUGUAACCAGGAUAUCCUCAAUGAAUGCAACAAGACUUAUAACCCCUGUAGACAUGGAGGAGUCUGUCUGGAUAGGAUGGGAAAAUACGAAUGCCAGUGCCCCAGGAAUUAUGUCGGUGUACAUUGUGAGAGAUUUGACUCGAGCUCGGUGGAGCCUGGAACCACCCCUAGAAUUAUCGAUGUCUGCGAGCUUAAUGGGUGUCCAUCCAAAGCUGGGAAUGGCAUUUGUGAGGAGGAAUGCAAUAGCCCUCAGUGUCAGUAUGACGGUGGGGACUGUGCCCUGGGGGUGGCACACAUCUACCAGAACUGCUUCAACCCCAGCUACUGUGCCAAUAAAUACAACAACAGUGAGUGUGACCAGCAGUGUAACAACCAGAACUGUUUGUUUGAUGGAGGCGACUGUCGUGAACAUCGAGACUGCAAUCCCUUCGGCAGAUACUACUGUGACCAGUUAUAUAACAACGGACUCUGCGAUGAAACCUGUAAUGUCAAGGAAUGUAACUGGGACGGGUCUGACUGUAAGGAGAAAGCUACCGUGCGAUCCCCUGUCCAGGGUACUAUGGUCGUCUACGUCAGAGUCUCCCCAGCAGAGUUUCUGAGAAAGAGAGCCUUGUUCCUCAGACAGCUGGGAUUGUUGCUCAAUGUUCUGGUAGAAAUUAAGCGGGAUGCUAACAAUAGUUUUAUGGUCUACCCUUGGGAGCCAACAGUUCAGGCACGAACCAAACGAUUUGCAGAUGCUGCAUUUGAGGGAUUGGUACAUAGAUUUAGGAGAUUUGUUCCAUCCACUGAAACUAAUGGUACUAAGAUCUACCUGACAUUGGAUGCCAGUAGCUGUGUGUCUGUUAAUGUUGAUCAGGGCUGUGUCACUAACCUGGAUACAGCUACCCAGGUGUUUGCAGUGGCGGUGAAAAAUGGAUAUGACACAGGAGUGAAAGUGGAAAGAAUUGAAAUGAAGAAAUGCACUGGGGCAGAUUGUGAAGAUGUCAUUGAACCGACACAGCCUACCAAUAUGAUGUACAUUUAUGUGGCAGUCUCUGUGGCCGCUGUACUGAUCAUGGUGGUGGUGGUGAUCUUUGUGCUUUCCCGCAGAAAAACGGCUCACGGAAAUACAUGGUUCCCAGAGGGAUUCUUUAUGAGCAACUCUGGACCCAAGUCCACUGGGCCACCGCGCACCUCCAAACGAAGAGUACCAGACGGAGAGGAAAUGAAGAACGUAAAGGGGUCAGGAUGUGAUGACAUGAACACCCAAGCUUCCCCACCCUGGUCAGAUGAUGAUUCCUGUCAGCCAAAGGCAAAGCAAGCCAAGAUGGAGACGCAGAGUAAACAGUUGGAGCACAUUCUCUCCCCACCCGCCUCGGACAUGGACAACAGACAAUGGACGUCACGACAUCUCAAUGCUGCUAAUAUUCCCAACGACCAGAUGGCCCUGACCCCUCCCUAUGACAGUGAUCACACACAUAUAAAUGAUGUGGACGUGAGAGGUCCCGAUGGGUUUACUCCUCUUAUGUUGGCCUCAUUUCGUGGCAAUGGUCUGGAUACAGGGUGUGACAAUGAGUCCAGUGGCUCUGGUUCUGGUGAGAGCAGCAAUAGUGGAGAUUCUGAUGAUAAGUCAGUGGAAGUUAUACAAGCUCUGCUGGUACAAGGGGCCGAGAUCAACGCACAGACAGAUAGGACAGGUGAGACUUCCCUUCACCUGGCAGCUAGGUAUGCCAGAGCUGAUGCAGCCAAGGUUUUACUAGAUGCCGGGGCCGACUGUAAUGCUGAGGAUAACUCUGGACGCACUCCACUACACGCUGCCAUUGCAGCUGAUGCUCUUGGGGUCUUUCAAAUCCUUCUGAGAAAUCGGUCUACUAAUUUGAAUGCCAAAACCCAAGAUGGAACAACACCGAUUAUCUUAGCUGUCAGAAUGGCAGUGGAAGGAAUGGUGGAGGAGUUGAUCAAGUCGGACGCUGAUAUCAACAUGACAGAUGAAUAUGGGAAAACAGCCCUCCAUUGGGCAGCAGCAGUGAAUAAUUCUAGGGCAGCACAAACCCUGUUACAGAAUGGAGCUAACAGGGAUGCACAGGACACAAAGGAUGAAACUCCAUUAUUCUUGGCAGCCAGAGAAGGCAGUUUUGAAACAGCCAAAAUAUUACUGGAUCACUAUGCCAACCGUGACAUCACUGAUCACAUGGAUCGGUUGCCUAGAGACAUUGCUCAGGAGAGGCAGCACCGUGAUAUUCUGAGACUAUUAGAUGAAUACAGGAUGAGUCCUAGUGGUAUGACUUUGUCUAAUGGCAUGCCAGCAUCACCAGGACACUUACACAUGAUGCAGAAAAAUUCAAAACAAAAACGGAGAAAGAACAAUUCAAACACUCCCAUUUCUCCAAAUGGACUACCCAAUGGGAUGCACCCUAAGAAAACAAAAACCAAGAAAAAAUCUCCCAAACAUGGAAGUUCUCCAAGUGGUGAAGGAUCAGCAUCCUCAAUGGAGACAGUGUCCCCAGGGAAUUCUAUUGAGUCCCCACUGAGAUAUGAUCAGACUCCUACUUCAUAUGACAUGUAUGCUCAGGCACAUACCAUGCCUCAGCAACCCUUGUUUCAUAUAGACAAUGUGACAAUGUCUCAUAGUAUGACAGAUGAUCAGGCCAUACUACAAUAUGAAUACAACAAUAGUCCAGGCAUGGAGCACAUGCAACCACAAUGGACCCAGCCCCACCAUAACCCACCACCCACCUACUCCACCUCCAUCACCCCACCAUCUCAACCCAUCAACAGUCCCAUCGGACAUGGAAAAAUGUCUCCAGUAAAACCCACCAAGAACUCGCUACCCACCUCCCCCACCCACAUCCAGGCCAUGCACCAGCGUGCUCGCCAGGAGCAGCGGGUGGUAGCUCACGGGAGUCCGCACAGUCGACAGAACGAUCAUUUUGUGUCAUACAGCAGCUCGGACACUCAUCUGCCUAUCACCACCAUGCCCAACAUGUACACAAAUGACUCUUACAUGCAUCAGUCACAAGCUAUUGACUAUCCACAGAAAAUGUAUAUUGAAAAAUACCCCACCCCUCAAUCUCAGAGCAGUAUGGACUCUCCCCAAGUGAGAUCAGGGGUGGCCCUCCCUGAACAUUAUUUGACCCCCUCUCCGGAUUCCCCGGGCCAGUGGUCCAGUUCAUCACCCCACUCUGCUCAUUCUGAUUGGUCAGAGGGCAUUUCAAGUCCCGACCAACCCAUUCGCAGCAAUAAACCUGUGUUUCUCUAGGACACUUUUUGUGCCAGUUCAUUUAAAAUUGGGCAGUAUUGGACACUGUGGACUUUGCAAAUACCUUUACAUGCAAUUUUAUUGGUGCAGACAGUUUGUGAUUAUAUUACGCAUUUACAUUUGGGUGGACAAAGUGUAAAUAUGUUUGGUUAGAUUGGUGCACAGUUUAUUUUCAGUUUUAUGUAGUUUUUUGUGUACCAAUUAUUUUAACUUGCAGAAUGUGUUUUGUAUGUGCAAGGGGCCAAAGUUUGAGUUGCAUGUAUAAAAAUUAUAUUGUUAUUUCCAUUAUUUGUUUUUAUUACCAGCAGGCAGGAUGCCGUUUAUGUUAGAAAUUGUUUAAGCCUGCAAUGUUUGCUCCAGAAUUUAAGUGGUGUUGAUAACUUUUCAUUUGAAUUUAGAUAUUUUAUUUGAAUGUAGUGCUGAAGUUGGCACUUUGAAGGAAAAAAAUUUAAGAUUAAGAAACUGCCAGUUCAUUAUUUUAUAUGUUCACUUUUUAGGACAAUUGUCCUGUGCAUGUUUGCAGUUGCUACAGAAUUUUAUACUGUUUACAUUUUAGUACAAUUUUUAAUUUUUGGCUUGAUAUUACAGUUUUUGUAUGACCCAUCUUAUUUCAUAGUUUUAACCCAAUUUGUGUAAGAAUAUAAUUUGUUUAAAGCUUAGUUCGCGUCGCUGCGACAGCCCUGACCUGACCAAUCAGCUUCCAGUACUCAUUCCACUCGUUCAUCGUGUAGAUCACUUCAUCCCAUUUUUUUGUUAUAAAAAUGUACAUAAGAUAUUUUUAUAAAUUUUAUAUUUCUCUGUUUUUAUCAUCUUUGUAUGAAACUCAACAUUUCUGGAAGCUAAGCUUCUUCAUUACCAUACCUAAAAUAGAUAUUGUGAAAUGUUUUU